AUGGCUAAAGCUGAUAAGAAGAAGUACUCUGGUGCGACGACAAAUAAGCAAGUUGCGGCUGAGAAGCACUUGACAUCUGUUUUCAAGUUCAAUACUGAUCUUGGUCAGCAUAUCUUGAAAAAUCCACUGGUUGCACAAGGUAUUGUUGAUAAGGCUCAGAUCAAACCUUCUGAUAUAGUUUUAGAAGUUGGUCCUGGUACAGGUAACUUGACUGUUCGUAUACUGGAGCAAGCUAGAAAGGUUGUUGCAGUGGAAAUGGAUCCCAGAAUGGCUGCUGAACUAACAAAGAGAGUUCAUGGAACCCCAGCUGAGAAGAAAUUAGAGAUCAUGCUUGGUGACUUUAUGAAAACAGAGCUACCUUACUUCGAUAUCUGUAUAAGUAAUACACCAUACCAAAUCUCUUCGCCUUUAGUUUUUAAACUGAUCAACCAACCAAGACCCCCAAGAGUUAGCAUUCUGAUGUUUCAAAGGGAAUUUGCUAUGAGACUACUGGCAAGACCAGGCGAUUCGUUAUAUUGUAGAUUAUCAGCCAAUGUUCAAAUGUGGGCCAAUGUUACACACAUCAUGAAAGUAGGUAGAAACAACUUCAGGCCACCACCUCAAGUUGAAUCAAGUGUUGUAAGAAUAGAAAUCAAGAACCCAAGGCCACAAAUUGAUUUCAACGAGUGGGAUGGUCUUCUGAGAAUAGUGUUUGUGAGAAAAAAUCGUACCAUCUCUGCGGGUUUCAAAUCUACAACAGUGCUGGAGAUCUUAGAAAAGAACUAUAAGACAUUCCUUGCAAUUAAUAACCAAUCUAUAGACGAGACCGAAAAUCUACAAAGUUUGAUUAAACAGAAGAUUGAAACUGUGCUAAAAGAAACAGGGCUGGCUGAGAAAAGAGCUGGUAAAUGUGAUCAAACUGAUUUCUUGAAACUUCUUUACGCAUUCCACCAAGUUGGUAUUCACUUCUCAUAA